AUGGGUCCGCUACGGUGUUUAUUUCUCUGUGGACUGCUUUUCACCCAGACCCACGGGUCUCGUCUUCGCCAGGAGGACUCCCCUCCCCGCAUCGUGGAGCACCCCUCUGACCUCAUCGUGUCCAAAGGGGAACCCGCCACUCUCAACUGUAAGGCCGAGGGUCGUCCUACCCCGACGAUAGAGUGGUACAAAGACGGGGAGCGCGUGGAGACCGACCGCGACAACCCUCGCUCCCACCGCAUGCUGCUGCCCAGCGGCUCCCUCUUCUUCCUGCGAAUCGUGCACGGCCGGCGCAGCAAGCCCGACGACGGCAGCUACGUGUGCGUGGCCCGCAACUACCUGGGGGAGGCUGUGAGCCGCAACGCAUCUCUUGAAGUAGCACUGUUACGUGAUGACUUCCGACAGAACCCUCAGGACGCGGUGGUGGCGGUCGGAGAGACUGCCAGCCUUGAGUGCCAGCCUCCACGCGGGCAUCCUGAACCCACCACCUACUGGAGGAAAGACAAGAUCCGACUGGACCUCAACAAAGACGACAGAAUCAUUGUUCGAGGAGGGAAGCUGACCAUCUCCAAUACCAAGAAGAGUGAUGUAGGAAUGUAUGCGUGUGUGGCGAUCAACAUGGUGGGGGAGAGAGAAAGUGAGACAGCACAGCUCUCCGUGUUCGAAAGACCAGUGUUUGUGCAACGGCCUGUGAACCAGGUGGUCUUGGUAGAGGAGAGUGUAGAGUUCAGAUGUCAGGUCCAUGGUGACCCACCGCCUACACUUCGCUGGAAAAAGGAGGAUGUGGAUGUGCCCCGUGGCAGGUACGACAUCAGAUACGACAAAGAGGACUCUCUGCUCAGGAUAAAGAAGGCGUCUGCAAGUGACCAGGGAACCUUCACUUGCAUCGCAGAGAACCGCGUGGGGAAGGUCGAGGCCUCCGCCUACCUGACAAUCAGAGCUCGCCCUGUUGAGGCACCGCAGUUUGUGGUUCGACCACGUGACCAGAUCGUGGCUCAGGGCCGAACAGCCAUUUUUCCUUGUGAGACCAAGGGCAAACCUCAGCCUACUGUCUUCUGGCAGCGAGAGGGCGGCCAGGAUCUUUUGUUCCCAAAUCAGCCAGCACAAGGAGACAGCCGUGUGUCUGUGUCUGUGAACGGUGAGCUGACCAUCACGUCAGUGCAGCGCUCUGACGCAGGAUAUUACACUUGCCAGGCCCUCACUGUGGCAGGGAGCAUCUUGGCCAAGGCUCAGCUUGAGGUAGCAGACGCCCUGAAGGACCGGCCCCCGCCCAUCAUCCGCCACGGCCCUUCUAACCAGACCCAAGCGGUGGGAGGCGUGGCCCUACUUCGGUGUCAGGUGUCGGGGGACCCGGAGCCUACGAUCACCUGGUUGAAAAACGGGGUCAGUCUGCUGGGGAAAGACCCUCGCCUGUCCUUGAUGGAACACGGCAGUCUUCAGAUCCAAAACAUCAAGUUGUCCGACACGGGGUUGUUCACCUGUGUUGCCACCAGCUCCAGUGGGGAAACCUCAUGGAGCGCUUACUUGGAUGUCAGAGAAUCCAGUGACCUCACAGACUUCAUGUCCCACAACGCCAGUGCCCUCCCAGGGCCUCCCUCCAAGCCACAGGUCACUGAUGUCACCAGGAGCAGUGUCUCGCUGUCAUGGGAAGCGGGGCCAGAGGCCGGUUCCCCAGUGUCGUCCUAUGUCAUUGAGGCCUUUGGUCAGUCGGUGAGCAACAGCUGGCAGACAAUGGCAGACCACGUUAAGACUACUCAGUUUACAAUCAGAGACCUGCGACCAAACACUGUCUACCUGUUCAUCAUAAGAGCAGUCAAUGCCCAAGGUCUCGGGGACCCCAGUCCUAUGUCUGAACCCGUUCGUACUCAAGACAUUAGUCCUACAGCACAGGGGGUGGACCAUCGCCGGGUGCAGAAAGAGUUGGGCGAUGUUGUGGUCAGCAUGCAUAACCCUGUGGUCCAUAGCUCCACUUCUGUGCAGGUCACUUGGAAGGUGGAGAACCCAUCCCAGUUCAUCCAGGGCUACCGUGUUCUGUAUAGGCAGACUUCAGGGCUGCCAUCCCCAGGGCCCUGGCAAGUACAAGACUUGAAGGUCGCCUCAGAGAGGGACAUCACUCUCUCAGGUCUGAAGAAGGGCAUCGUCUAUGAGAUUAAAGUACGGCCAUAUUUCAACGAGUUCCAGGGAGCAGACAGUGAAUCCAUGACAGCACGCACCAUGGAAGAAGCCCCCAGCGCCCCUCCUCAGCAGGUGACAGUCAUUACAGUGGGGAACAAUAACACCACCUCAAUCAGUGUGUCCUGGGACCCUCCCCCUUCUGAUGAACAGAAUGGAAUCAUUCAGGAGUACAAGAUCUGGUGUUUGGCCAACGAGACCCGGUUUCAUGUCAAUAAGACGGUGGAUGCAACCAUCCGUUCAGUUGUGGUGGGGGGCCUGCAGACCGGAGUGCAGUAUCGUGUGGAGGUGGCUGCGAGCACCAGUGCAGGACUGGGUGUUAAGAGCAAGCCCCAGCUCAUCGUCUUAGGUGCGGAGCUGAGGGACGUAAUGACGGGGACCGAGGGCAACAAUAGCAUAUCUGAUGUGGUGAAGCAGCCAGCCUUCAUCGCUGGUCUGGGUGGGGCUUGCUGGAUUGUUCUCAUGGGCUUCAGCGCUUGGCUCUACUGGAGGAGGAAGAAGAGGAAGGGGCUCAGCAACUACGCAGUUCAGUCGUUCACCUUCACCCGGGCAGUUACAUUCCAAAGAGACAGAGGCCUGAUUAGAAACGGAAGUCGUCCUGGUCUACUGAAAGCAGGGGACCAAGGCCUCCCAUGGCUGGCUGAUUCCUGGCCCUCCACCAGCCUUCCAGCCAACGGGGGGUUGGGGAGUCCAAAGGGCAACAGCAAUUUUGGCCGUGGAGAUGUUUUACCAUCCGCAGCGGUUGAGAAGACGGGCACCAUGCUGUCUGACGGCGCCAUCUAUAGCAGUAUUGACUUCAUGGGGAAGGCUGGGUACAGCAGCCCAGCACGAGGCAGUCAACCCACCCCCUAUGCCACCACUCAGAUACUCCAGUCCAAUAGCUUCCAUGAGCUGGCUGUGGACAGGCCAGACCCCCGCUGGAAAGCCUCUCUGCAAGCCCAGCAGGAGAUGGCCAACCUGGGAUACUCACUGACAGACAGACGCCCUUGCAAUGUUGGAAAGCCCGGGAAGAAAAAGAAGGUGAAGGGUGGAACAAAGUCUUCGAAAUCAAAUGGGACGUGUUGGGCCAACAUGCCCCUGCCUCCCCCACCCAUGCACCCCCUACCCGGUACCGAGGUUGACCUUGACCAGUAUCCUCCAGAGAACCAUGGCGGAGGAUAUGACAGCGACAGUUGGGCCCCAACCUUUGCUGUUCAGUCCUACCUCCACCGGGAACUGGACAAAAAGAUGGAGGAGGAGCAAGGUCCCACCCCACCCCUCAGAGGAAGAUCAUCCUCUCCAACAGCGGCUACUUUCAAGCAGCCAUCAUCCUCCUCUCUCAGCUCCAACCACCAUGAAGAGAUGCAGUCUAUUUUGCAGGCCCACCUAGAUGAGCUGACUAGGGCCUACCAAUAUGAGGUGGCCAAGCAGGCAUGGCAUAAGAAGGGCAGCCCAAACCUGUCCAACAGUUCCAAACCUCCAAUGGACUUUAUGACCAGUUCACUGGGCUCUGACUUGGGCGCCACCCUCCUCUCUGAGGAAGAAGAGGAGGACGAGGAGAGAUAUGCUGUUGUGUCGAAGAAUUUGUGUGGCUACGAAUACACUCCUGGUCACAGCAUGGAAGUCCAGGAGGGCUCAGGUAAGUCUGACAUGUGGCUAAUCGGACUGGACAGACAUUAUUUUACUUCCUUUAACUCAGGUAAAACCUUCACCCAGCAGCAGCGGCAUCAUCCUGGCAGUUCUGGCUCAGCAGACAGUAGUGUACUGGGCACACAGAGCCUGGGCCACAAGAGGGCUCCACAGAUUGGCCUCAAGCCCCGGACAGGCACAGUUGGAACUCUGCCCAGAAGAAGAGACACUGACAAAGAUGCUGCCUUGAAGUCCCUGUCCAGUGUGGAUUCCUGCAUGCACAGCUCGUGGGCAGCCACGACCUCUGACCCCUCAGAGGAGUGCAUGGUUUCAGUAUCUACAUUGGAACGGCAGCACAUGGCUUCCUGGAGUGGCACAGCGUCCAACAGGGCCACCCUGAGAAGAGGUACCCAUCAGAGACCUGGCACUGAUCUUUCCCACACCAUGACUCAACCCACAAACAACAUAGAAAAGAGGGAACAAUGCCACCCGGGGCUCACUGGAAGUACAACUGGGGGACAGGCAUACAGACCCAGUGCAUGGGGUGCCACUGUCACCCUCGGCCCCAACAACAGGCAGAGCAACAGGGCGGUAUGGGGAGAGUCUGUCCUGGUGCAGCACCACCAUGCGCCCCUAGCCGGGCAUGCAUACCCCAUACACCACCUCAGACAGUUGGCCCACGACCUUGCCGGGCCCCUGUCAGUGGCUGCAAAGCUCCGAGGAAAUUCCCCUUUCACGAACGGGACAACACACCCAUACCUUGGUCCUCUCACACGAAGGCAUGCCCAAGGCACAAUGUGUCAUAGACCCUCUUCUGCCACACUCUGGAGCCAGACCGGUCCCGGCAGUUGCUGGAGUCGCAGCAGUGAGCGUGCAGCUCCACGCCUCAUCGACAGCCAGACCAGCAGAACCACCCCGAGGCGGUUGAGGGUCUUGGCCCCGUAG